GCGACCAGCAUCCUCUCGAUUGUUACAAGAUUACCUCUAUCCUGGUGCGCAGCCACCCGAUAUUGUUCACUGCAGACCUAGACGUUGGGAGGCUACGAGGCUGCGUCAGCUCCGCCUGGUGACGCACCAACGCCACCGCGACUCGACACCUUUGAGGCGAGUUCCGACGGCCGACGUAUGCUUGCUGGCCAGCACGCAGACGCACCCAAACACCACGCCAGACUGUGUCGCCUCGGUCGUUACCCCGCCAUUCUAUCGCUUUCUGCCAGACCCGGAUAGCGUGACAAAACCCAGCACGAAACGCGGGUGGCCUAGCUGCACGGUUCUCACUCAACUUCCGCCGUCGUGCAUCUCUCGACUUCAUGUGGGUCCCGUUUGCUUGCUGUCUUCCUAGGUACCUCUGCCACCUCCAAUUUGCUAGGACCAAUAUUUCUGAGCUAGUGGACCUAUCUUCCCACAAUACAUUCUUGAUCGCUAGGUCACGAGGAUGCGAGCUGCUCCUGGACCAGGUGAUGCUCCUACCCCUGCCUCGUCGUUGUCAUCGUCAUCAUUGUCGUCGUCAGACCUCUGAUGAACCCUCCUGACGAAACUACCUACCCACAACCCUUGUCACCUUGUUUGCUCACCCUCUUAAUGUUUAACCAUCUACCCUUUAUGCCUUUUUGUUCACAAAUCCCCUAAAUAUACGCCACGCAUCUAGCUUGAAUUGCCCCUUAAAAUUGAAUAUUUUUGUAUCCCAAACCCAGGUACCAACUUGGUACUCUGGUCAUCAAAUUCCCGUAAAGCCCCUUGCAGCCUUGGGCUUCUGCUGUGACCCGACACCAGGCGGGCUUGGCCCACUUCUCUUGGUGCAGCUCACUGCUCCGCUCGGGCUGCCCAACACAUGGAUCUCCCUAUCCAACACCCCUCCAUCCAGAGACUUUGACAGCCAUAUUAUGUUUUGCCCAUCUCGCCAGCAUGGUGCUCGUGGCAUUAACUGACCUUGCCCAGGGUACCAUGAACCCGCCCAUCAUGCCCGCGGCCAACGCGGUCAGCACCAACCCGCCCCCGCUUAAGAAAUUCGGGCGUCUGGCACACAAAUGGAUUGACGACUUCCUCCUUGGUGGCCUCGGUGACGAGCAGCCCAGCUUCAAUGUCGGUUGUCUCUCGCUGGGUCACACGCACGAUCUGGUGGUGAAACCGGAGCAAUGCGUCGACACGGGUCUGCGCCAAGCUGGCGAGCAUUAUCUCAUCAUAGUCUCAACCAUGUGCAAGCGUUGCCUGCACCACUUCAUCUUGCGCAUCUCCGCCCCGACUGGGAAGCUCUGCGGGAGGUUCAACAACAAUGCGGCCAAGCCGUUGCACCAUAUGGUACCCGCGCAUAUCAACGCCAUGGACCUCGAGCCGUGCCGAUUAGAUGGAGGACGCGAUGUCAAAUUCCUCUGCUGCUGCGGCCACGCGGCCUACAUGUGCUCUGUCUUAGAAUGCUCUUUUCGGGUUGCUAUCGAGGUUUCGCUCCCACGUCUCCCAGCUGAGCAUGCCAAGAGCCUCACCGACGACGAUGCGGUGAAGAGACGGUUGCGGAUAGGCAUCGAAACAAACCCCGAGAGGUUCCAAAAGGCAACAGACGAGAACUUGGCCCCCAAACACCUGCACCACUAUCUGUCGGACGCACUGAUGCCGCCGGAUCAGCGCCGAUCCCAGCGCAUCAACGUUCGCAACAUCAAGUUUGCAGUUCAGUUUGGCACCGAGGAAAGCGGAAACAGCUUGUUUGAGUUUUUGGGGUUUGAGAAGGAAACAGACACCGAAUCCGAAUUUUGGAGGCUCCCUAACUUGCAAGAUGACGACCCUCCGCCAAGGAAUCCCGCGGUGGUUCCCUCACGGCAGUCGUUCUUCCAGGACGUGUUGUAUGAGCUUAACAACCUGAGGAGGGGCAACAGUACAUCAGACCCAGAAGUCUCCGCGAACACGUUGGAGAAACUCAGAUACGCAUUGCACUGCAGCAACAACCAACUCGACGGUUUCCUCGAGCUCGAUCCUAAGGCGUUCCGAGUGUCGGCUAAGGACCGCGAAGACUACGAAAUCCUGGGCUUGACGGAGCGCACGCUUUGGAAAUACUUUGCGUACGCGUACGAAUGCCAGACCCGUGCGGAUCCGGACCAUUCUAGUCGCAUCGUCUAUCUCGAGUCCCUUAAGAGGAUCUCAUCAUCUCACAACGAAGAGUCUCUCAACAUGUUCAUCGCCACCGAGGAGUCGACUCUCGAAAGCGAGAAGUGGGAGCAAAUCGCGGGCACUGGUGCCCUGGGCGGACUGAACGAGGCGCCGCAAGGCUCUAAUGACGAAAGCUUGGGCUCUAUGGACAGUAGGAUGGUCAGCGCGAUUCUGGGCGAGUACAGGAAUAAGGUCCAGAACUCGACCAUGUCUCCCAGCAAGGAGGUCGCUGCACGCAAACGACUUGACUUGCGAAGCGAGCUCCGGCAGAUCUCAGUCCACCACUCGGAGGGCCCAAAGCUCAUGGAAGUGGUCAAGGAGCCCAUGGAGCUCGACGAGGCGCUGGUCUGCCUCGAGCUUCCCCUGGACCAAGAGCAGCUGAAGUCCAUGGACCCAACUCUGCCCCAGGCGCUUGCACAGGGUCAGGUUGAGCAGGGCAAAAACGAAUUCCUCACUGGCAUGGCCCUGAAGACGAUUGGGACAUUCCUCAAUAAUGAUGUGCUUGCGAACCUGGCUAGCAUGAUGAUGGGGGAGAUGCCGCAGUUGGAAUCCCCGAGCGAGCCAGCCAACGAUCCCAGCCUCCCCGCUGGCCUCGACAACCUCCGCAACACCUGCUAUCUCAACAGCAUGCUACAGUACUUUUUCACCAUAAACCCAGUCCGAGACCUGGUCUUGAACUUCGAUGAAUACAAGCUUCCGGAUACAGAAGAGAGCCGAAGUCAGCGGCGUGUCACCACAGAGGAGCGUGGAAUUAGUGCAAAGCAAGCAUAUGUUGCGCACCAACUCACCAAUGAGCUUCGGACGCUGUUCAACGAGCUCAAAAGCACCACUAGCAAUUAUGCCACGCCAACUCAGCGGCUGGCCCUCGCAGCUAUGAAGAACACAGAUCAGCUCGAGGCCCGAUACUGGGAGCUUGAGAAGCAGUCUAAGCAGGCCGUAGGUCCGCAACGGCCGGGUCCGCUAGGUGCGGAUUCGAUCACUGUGAUCGGCCCCGAACAGCCUCCUUCGGGUCAGCCAAGCACGUCCACCACCAUGAACUCUGCCGCGAACCAUGCAGCGACCCUCUCACGCAUAUCGGGAGGCGCCACUACGGAACACGUAGAGACCGCAAGCGAUGUCAGCUCACAGACUCUGGUCAAUCACAAUGACUGCGACGAUCAAAAGAGCCCAGACUGGAACCCACUUCUUCACAGAGUCAACAGCGCCCGAUCGUCAGCCUCCGGCGCGAGCAGCAUGCGGUGCCAAGUCAACGACGACGAUUUGGUUGACCAGAAAGUUGAUCUUGGGAUGGGGCACAUCCAGGAGCUUGCAAGCGAUGGUGAUGUCCAUAUGACAGACUCGCCAGCGACUGUGCAGGUCGUCAGCCCAGAAGCUGGCAUUGACCCUGCUGUCGACGGGGCUGAGACUGGUGAUACCGAGGAACAGGCCAUCGCCCGUAUAAUGAAAGCUCUGGAUGACAAAACCAUCAAGGGCACUGACCAAGAGGACGUCCAGGAGGCCAUGGACAAAAUGCUGUUCAACUUGCAGAGCGCUAUUAAGCCGACAGGCGUCGAGCCCGUGGGACCCAAUGGCCAGGCACAGACAGAUGCCAUCACGGAGGUUCUGCGUCUCAUCAGAGUUGGAUAUCACAAGGCCAUCAACAAGGCGGAGUGGACUCUGCACUCGGGCACGUCCGAGUACUUUCUCUUGGCCUAUCCUACCCGGUCCGGGACGGUUGGGCUGCAUGAAGCACUUGAGAGGGGCUUCAUGCGGGAGAUCAGUGAGAACCCACAAGAUCCAAACAAUCCAUUUCUCUCGUUCAGCAGCAUUCGUAAAUUCCCACCCAUCCUGCACAUCUGCAUCCAGAGGACAGUCUACGACCAGUCGGCCCGAGCUGGCAAGAAGAUCGAUGUUUCUAUUCAGCUUCCGCAGGUUCUUUACAUGGAUCGGUACAAGGAGAGCUCGCCUGGUAAUGCGCUUUGGCAGCGGCGCCAAAAGUACUGGGACUUUCUCGAACUCGAGAACCCUAAGACGGUGGCUGCAAGGGAGAAGCAGGAGCAGAAGACGCCGAUCGCGGGUGCUACAGACACGGUCAUGACGGAUGGUGUCGCUGAUGCCGAUGAACUCGAGGACUAUCACCAGCAAAGCGUUGCGACUGGCGCUAUGGGGGCCGCUGGGGUCGUGUACCCUACACCACCUCCCGCGGAAGAGGAGACGGCAGCGCCUCCCGAGGACACGGGCGAUAUGCAGGAUGGCGAGAUUGGUGUGAACGUUCCUGGCGUUGCUGACCCGGAAGCCGAGGCCGAGGCCCUGCGCGCCAAGUAUGACGACAGCUUUGACGAUCUGCGGGAACAUGAAUAUCUCAUACACGCGGUGAUUUGCCACGGCGGCAGCACGGGAGCGUCGGGCCACUACUGGGUCUGGAUCUAUGACUUUGAGAAGCAAGUCUGGUUCAACUACAACGACAGGACGGUGCGGGUGCACGCGGAUGGCGAGAAGGUGCUCAAGGACCUCUCGGCCUCGGAUCAGCCCUACUAUAUCGCCUACGUCCGCCGCGAUAGUCUCAACCUGGUGUCUAUACCGCGGCGCGAUGAACAGAUGGAGCAGUUGCAGCAACAGAUGCAGCAGCACGAGAACGCUCCAUCCGUGGUGCCUCUCGACAUGGCCGCCAUAUUUGGGUAGUGGCUGUGGUUACGGACUGCUUUUGCAAUAGGUGACCAGACCACCGACCGACUCGGGCAGCACGCUUAUUCCUUACUCUAUUCCAAUUAUGUCAUCUGGGACUCGGCGCCCCGGCAUGCUUUUGGGAGUGUGUUGUUGUCAGACGGGACUUAUGGAUGGUUAGAAUGGGAGACUUUUUUUUUGGCAGGAAUUUCUGAUCGGGGGAUCCGGUUCAAAGCGGAGCGUUAUUGACAAAAAGAAAGGAGGGAGGUGGCGGCGGGUUUGUUUCUUGCUCUACAACUAGACACUCAUAGUUUCAUGGCUUAUGAAUGCAUGGUAGACUUGAGCGCCUUGUAUACUGUACUUUCGUUUAGCGGGUUGGUCUGGCAUGGAAUACUGGACUUUGUUGAUAGACCUAGAUAGGUGGGUCGGGGCGUCAUAAAAAAAACACGACGAAUGUCUAAUUUUCCUUGAACUGAUCUGUGCUACCUGAAGACUUCGAACAUACGUCCCGAU